ACGAUCCCAGAGACAUGUUGUAGGAGCCGACUUCUCCCGAAACCCUCCCCGUUUCCUAUUUCUCURUUUUCCGGAGUUGGGGAGUGACAGCGCCCGGCGCGAGCCCCGUGAGCCCCGAGCCCCUCUCUGUGCCCGGGACAGGGCUGAGACCCCCGAGCCCCGGUCCACACCUGGGACAGCUCUCACCGACCCCCGAGCUCCGCUCCGUGCCCGGGACAGCUCCCACCGAGCCCCGAGCCCCUCUCCGUGCCCAUCCAUGCCCGGGACAGCCGCUGGCACAGCGGGCACGGGCACUCACAGCCCCGGGAGCUCCGCGGGUCACGGCCCCGCCGGCAGCAAAGGUCUGUUCUCAAACAUCUGGCUAUGGCGAGCUGUCGCUGGAGUCCUGGCUGCUGCUGUCAUUUUGAUUUCAUGUAUUCAAUUCAUAAAUCCUUCUUCAGCCAAAAGCUUUGCAGUGUGUCAUCCCCUGGAGCCGUGUCCUGCAGGCUGGCUGUACUUCCAGAGGAAAUGCUAUUACCUGUCGGAGAAUGAGGCUGCCUGGAACUCCAGCCAGAGCCUCUGCUCGUCCCACAACGCUUCCCUGCUGGUGAUUGAGAAUCUGCAGGAACUGAACUUUAUGAUGAAGAUAACAAAGCAGGACCCAUGGAUUGGACUGUACAAGAGAAAUGAAGAGUUCUUUUGGGUGGAUGGAAAAGCAYUGGACCAUGAGCUGUUUGCAGUGAAAGGCUCUGGGAGCUGUGCCUACCUGGAGCCCAGAGGAGUGUCAGCCUCGGGCUGUUACCUGACCAGGAGAUGGGUGUGCAGCCUGAACAUUGACUCAGCACCGUGAGAUGGGCACAGCACCCCUGGCACUGACAGCUCUGAUAUCAGGAGAUGGGUGUACAGCACCGUGAGAUGGGCACAGCACCCCUGACACUCAGAGCUCUGAUCAGGAGAUGGUUGUGCAGCCUGAACAUUGACUCAGCACUGUGAGAUGGGCACAACACCCCUGGCACUGACAGCUCUGAUAUCAGGAGAUGGGUGUGCAGCCUGAACAUUGACACAGCAUCCCUGGCACUCAGAGCUCUGAUCCCAGAGCUGCAGGGGCUGUGUUUGCCUUUGGGACCAGGAAUGUGUCCCACUGCUGGAGGUGAAGGAGCAGAACUCUCCCUCCACAGGGGAACCCUCUGGUUUUAAAGGUUCAUUCAAAAGGCUCUGUUCAGCGUCUUGAUAAAUAAUUGCCCCGUUUCUUUUUGUUGUGCCAUCAGUAUUUCUUCCAUUUCUCUUGUAGGAGCAGCUCUCUUUCUUUCCCCUCUGUGUGCAGUUGGAGGUUUUUGUUUUUGUUGUCCUUUCCCCGCUCUGUGUGCAGGAUGGGUGCUGAGGSGUCUGUCUGGAGGAUUGUCAGUGCCUCUCAGAGGGAGGGAAGUGCAGCAAGGAGCUGCACUGCUGUUUAAGGCAGGAUCACAGCAGAUUGCUGUGUCCCUGUUUUAUGGGAUGCACUCUGCAUUGUGUUCCAUGUUUUGUUCAUGUUAUUUUGCAUUAAUCUCGUUAAAUCCCAUUUCUGGUGCUGUCAAUUUGAUUUGUGUAACUGCACUGCGCCUGAA